AUGAGCACCGGCAAGGCGCCCACGCUCUACCAUAUGCGCGCUCGAUCGCUUACGAGCAAGCUGCUCGACCUCGACUCCUCGCCGGCGUGCCCGUCCCCGCCGCCGUUCCGGUCACACGUCACGGUGCCGUUUCUCUGGGAGGACGCGCCGGGGAAACCCAAGCUGCGUGCAGCCCGGCCAAGCGCUCUGUUGCUCCCUUCCGCUGCAACCGCGACCGCGAGCCCAGUCGUUCUUGCGGACGGCGGCCCGACUGCCAGAGUGGCCGGCGGUCACGAGGACGGUGCCCCUGCCCAUGCGCGCCCCGUGCUGCUGAAGCUGAAGCUGCCGCCGCGGCUGCAAGCGGCGGAGCACCCGCUCUCCUCCCCCAAGACCGUGCUCCAGGGCCCCUACUUCGGCGGCGGAAACAAGCCGCCGAGGCCGCUUAGGAGGAUCGCGAGGACAGCAAGCUGUCAGAUGAGUCUGCGCGGCGGCGGGGGCCUGUUUGUUUGGAGGAAGGGCGCGGCAACCGCAACGGCAUCAGCGGGCAGCAAGGAGGGCGGCCACUGUCAGCUCUACGCCGUGGCGCCGGACGGGUCAUGCCUCUCGCCGGCGGCGUCGUCGGCGUCCUCGUCGUCGUCUUCGUCCAUGUCCUACUUCUUUGAUGACAACAGCCGCAGGCAAGCCGAUGGGCGCGAGGACUCGGAGGAUGGCGAGGUAGGUGACGACGGCCGCAAGGGGUCGGUGAGGAUCACCAGGUUUCGGAGGAACCGAAGCCUUCCCACUAUGUCCAGAUCGCAUCUCUGGGCCAACAUCCGCAAGGGCGUCAAGCAGAUUAGUCCAUGGAGCUACAAGCCUACAUAG